AUGUCAAGCAAUUGGGAUGACAGUGAUAGUGAACAAGAUGUCGCCGUCGCCGAGAAGCCAGUGGUUCUGCCCAGAACACGACAACCGUCCAUCGCUAAAAGUCUCGAAAAAGCGGCUAUUUUAGAAAGUUCUGUAGCAGGAUCUGUAAAGGACAGCGAUACAGUGAGUACAGUCUUAAUUGGGAACGUUCUCGACUUUGAUACAACAACGGCUAUGAAGAGUAUGAUAUCGCAGUUUAAUUGUGUUUACUGCAAUAUAAUUGCUGAAUUCGCCGACGUGGAAAUAUUUGUGAUUUCCCUGGAUAGUUUGAUCGUGGAGUGCCUUGCGCAUUCAUAUCACGAUUGGACACUUUCUGGUCAAUCCAUUAUUUUGACUAAACAGAUUGAUAGGUUCCUUAAUCAGUUCAUGACUUUUGGUGGCAAGUUCAAACUAGUAGUAUUCACGGAUUUCACGUCGCAGUUUUCUGGUGACACCACUCUUAGUUUUUCCCGUGCUGUUGCGAUUGCACAUGUCUCAACAGGACCAUUUGCUAAGGAUUUAAUCUACUUCACCAGUCCCGUUGACCCAAAUUGGGAGCGUUUCCUUCAUGACGUGACGCCUUCAUUUCUGAUGAUUUCUACGGACAAUGUGACAAGGGAGGCUUGUGCACAAGAUGACAUUAAUGUUACUCCGCAACUUGAAACAAUCGUGCUGGAUGCUCUAUCACAUGCUGUUCCCGUUGUGUUACUUACAUCCGUCGUCGUGAAUUUUUCAUCAGUUUUUGCUUACUACGUCAACCCACGUCUUUGUAUUAGAUAUAAUUGGGAGAGUUUUGCAGCUGCACAUUGGGAAUGUAAUACGCCCACCCAUGAUGCAUCGCAAUUCAAAUCCGUUGGUGAAUUAUGGGCAGCCAUCAUUUUUGAUGCAAAAAGAAGCGCUUCUGUAUCGGAACAUUUCGAGUCACUUUGUUGUGCUGUGCUUCUAUCUGCUCUUGUUACCGGUAAACGUGGAGCAGCACGUAUUUAUCUUCCGGAAAGGGAAGGUGCAAAACGAGGUCUAGACGUAAUCAGAGAUAGACGUCUUCUACUUACAAGUGCCACUGCAUACUUAGAGAAAUUAGAUUUUGCGACGGUGAAAUUCCCUCUCUCAGAUUUCUGGGAUGGUCGUAUGAUCAUCGGUUGUUUCGACGCUAUAUGCGCUAAAGAUCCGUUUUGUUUUCGAUUGUUAGGAAUCACAUAUUGCCAUAUCGAAUUCAAGACGAUUUUGUUAGACUACAUACCGCUGCGUACGUUUAAGGUUGUCAAUCCUUUAUUAUCUCUACCACUUCUCUAUAGCGUGAAAUCUCCUUUGUUGGACAAAUACAUACCAGAAAUGAAGGUAGCAAAAUCAGAAAAUUUGAUCGAAGAUGGUAUACAGCCAGACUAUGUGAAGCUUUUACAAACGGUUUUAUCGUGGAAACUAAGGCCCAUUGAGGAGGAUUUUACGAAAACUGAAGUGAUAACCGAUGAGUGGAAAAAGAAGAAAGCGAAUCGGUCUCGUCAGUAUCUGAGCAGAUGGUAUGAAAUGUUCGCAGUGGAGGGACGAGGGACUAAUCUUCUCGUAGAUUUUUCCCGGGUACCAAAAGGUUUUGCACAAGUUGCUUCCGAUUCCACCACUGGAAGUGGUGGUGCUGGCGGAAAGAAAGGUGCAAAAGAGCCAACGAAGUCUAAAAAAGAUCUAAUUCUUGAAGCAAGUAAGAAAGCGAGAGAUGAGAAGAUCAUAGAAGGAGAGAAAAAUAAGAUCAAGUUUGCAACACAGCAAGGAAAAAGUGCUAUAACUUUUCUCCAACGGUCCUACCAAACUCUCGAACUUCCCGAGUCUCGUGCACUGUGUGCUUUUGAAAUACUCAUAAGGGAAGGACGCGACUUGCUUAAUAGACUAGCUGGACUUGAACACUUAGAAACCAGGCGUAUCGAAGCGGUCAAGCUUGUGGGUCUUCUCAAGGACUGUUUUGUGACUCAUUGGACAUAUUUGGAUCUCAGACAAAAAGAGCAAGUAGUUGAUCUGUGGGCGUCACUUGGUUUUGAAGUUCCACCGGGAACGAAAGCAUCUGCUGAAGCAAAAAUGAAACGAUUGGAUUUGGGAAUGAACAUGGUUUAUUACCAAAUGGAGUAUGGUGGCGAACUAGUUGACAUCCAAUCAGAUCCUAAGAAAGAUGACCGCGUCACUGGUUUUGCCCCUGAUGCUUGGCAGCGGCAAAUGCUUGAUUCAGUGGAUCGUGGUGACUCUGCAGUCAUAGUAGCGCCCACAUCGGCUGGUAAAACAUUCAUAUCAUACUACUGCAUUGAAAAGGUUUUACGCCAAAGCGAUGAUGAUGUUGUAGUUUAUGUCUCACCUUCGAAAGCUCUCAUUAACCAGGUGUGUGGAUCUGUUUACACACGAUUCCGUAAUAAGAACAUGACACGAGGAAAAACGCUUUUUGGUACGUUGAUCCAAGCCUCUUCUGACCGCUCUUCAAAUGCACUUUCGUGUCAGGUGCUUGUCACAGUUCCUGAAUCUCUGGAAGCAUUGUUACUUUCAUCCAGUCCAAAAGUGCAAGAGUUUGUUUCUCAUAUACGAUAUGUGAUAUUUGAUGAGGUUCAUUCAAUUGGUGCUUCUCCUGAAGCGCAUAUCUGGGAACAUCUACUCCUUCUAAUACAGUGUCCUUUCCUUGCACUUUCUGCCACAAUUGGGAACGUUUCUAAGUUGCAUUCAUGGUUGAACAAUGCUGAAAGGAGCAAAACUGGUGGUAAACGGAAAGUCGAUCUCAUUGUUUACCACGAACGUUACUCCGAAUUGGAAAUGACUAUUAUGCGACAAUCUCCAUCGGAUGUUAUUGAAGGAGAUAUUAUACAGCCGUUCAUGCCAUAUGGUGUAUUUAUGCCGGAGAAGAUCCGCAUGUUCGGUAUUCCCGACGAUCACCAGCUUACUGCAAAACAAAUUUUAACACUGUACACAACUAUGGCUGCUGUUGAUGAGAAAACAAAGAAAGAGUUUGAACCUUGUCAUUACUAUGGUUACAAGGCGAGCGAGCUACUUUGGUUAUCUCGUGCUUCUCUUCGUAGUCUGGAAAAGGAACUAAAGCAGCGUUUACUGCAGUGGUUGACGGAAGAUGAAGAAAAGAUGAGGAAGGUUAUUGAUGUUUUGGCAAAACCGAUUGAAGAGCAGCUGAAUUACAGAGCGAAACCAUUUAAUAAGGAAAAACUAGCUCUUGACAACAUCGUCAAGUUAGUCGAUGAGAUGAGUGCGAGGAACAUGUUGCCAGCACUGUGUUUUAUUGACGAUAGGAAUGUUUGUGAAUUGUUAGCUGUUCGCCUUGCAGACGAACUUGAAACUAGAGAAAUGGAUUUCAUGAAUAGCGCUGAAUUCAAAACGAAGUACGCUAUAAAGUAUGAAGACAAAUAUUCGAAAUUAGCUAAGCGUAAACGUGAUCUAGCAGAUAAGAAGAAGAAAGGAGAUAAGAAGAAAAAAGAUCACGAGAAUGAAGAAGUGGAGAAAGAGGAUGACGAUAGUGAUCCCCUUGCAGCGCAACGGGCAAAGCUUAAAGAAGUGCUUUCAAAAUUCCGGGUACAUGGUCGUGAAAACAGUGAUCCUGACAUAUAUGAUACGAUGGUAGAUCGAAUGAAAAAAGGGUCAAAAGAAAAGGAAAGUACAAGCAAACUCUUUCGCCUAUUCGAGCGUGGAAUUGGAUUUCAUCAUGCUGGUCUUAACAGCUUGGAACGAGGAGCGGUUGAAGCACUUUAUCGGAGUGGUCAUCUUGGAAUUGUUUUUUCCACAUCAACCCUUGCUCUUGGUGUAAAUAUGCCAUGUAAGACUGUUUUAUUUGGGAUGGAUACACCGUUCCUCACACCUCUGCUAUUCCGUCAAAUGAGUGGUCGUGCUGGUCGCAGAGGUUUUGACCACUCGGGAACAGUGUGUUUUAUGAGCAUACCGACUAGUAAAAUGCGACGUUUAUUGACAGCGUCUCUUUCUACACUCCAAGGAAACCCACCAUUCUCAACAUCAUUUAUUAUGCGAGUAGUCGCAUAUGUACAUGCGAAGAAUACUCUGACAGAGGAUCAGUCCUCCGUUAUUUCAACGUUUGCCGAGAGGGAGAAGUGUGCGUUGUCACUGUUGCAAAACUCGUUCUCAUUGUUCACUAGGCGCGAAGCUGAGAACGGGACUCUGCAGAGCCAACUUCAUAUGUAUACAGCUUAUUCUGUUCAAUUACUUAGACAUCUGCAAUUACUCGAUGGAAAUGUCAGUUCCUUUCGAUGCCCAUUUCAAAAUCGUGUUAUUUUAAUAGUAAUUUUCUUAAACGGCCUUCCGAAUGAAAUGCAGGCCUUAGUUGACGAUUACAAUAAGGUUGCCAUAACUCUCUAUCACCAGUUUAUGGCUGCUGCUUCACCUAACCGAAAUCUCGGUGCAGAAUUCUCGAAUGGUCGUCCGGAUAUCUCACAUAUGUUCAUAAAUGAUGAACUUGUUUCUCCUUCUUUUGAAGGGUAUUCGAAUGAUUCGUCGUUCAUUCCUGUGAUCGACUUCGACCAGCGUGAUCAUCGCGGUAGAAAGGUAUUGUUUGUCUUAGUUUUCAUAUCUGGUAUAAUGCUUUCGCUGUUUAUUUUACAACGGUUAGCAGAUGGGUUAGAGACUGUUGCGAGAGAACAGGAUUCGGUAGCCGAAUUAGUUCGGGAAAUCUACGCCGAAUACAAUGCUAAGUUCCACUCAGCGUUUGAUAUGAGGAACAAGAAUUGA